CAAAACCUAUAUAUUAGGCUCACUCACACCCUUUCCCCCCUCAAGCAGGUUCCUAGUCUUCUCACGCCAAAACCAUGCCAAACCACAUCAUUCCCUUCGUCUCUCUCCUCCCUCUUCUCCUCCUUCUCGUAGUUUCCAGAAAUGGCGAAUUCUUCGGGUUCGCCGAGGGAGGGAAGGGAAGGAUCCACAUCACCGACGACCUCGACGACGUCGUGGACGACGAGGAAGACGAGUCCUGGAGGCAAUGGGGUCAAAAAUCGACGCCUAUUUCCGACGACGACGAUCUGAAGCCAACCGAUCUGUCAAAGAUGGCGAUGUCGGAGAUCCAGGCCGAGUUGGCGAAGCGCCAAUCGGGACCGGCCUUCGGCUUCAUCAAGCUCCGAUUGGGCAUCAAGCGAACUCCGGAUAUGGUGUCGGAGAUUGCUAUGAAAUGGACAAAGGUUCUGAAAACGGGAGGUGUUGAGGCCAAGUUCAUGGGCGUUGAUCUCAGCACAAUCAUGUUCACCAUGGAAAGAGGCCGAGACGAUUCAGAGUUGAAGGAGUUUGUGUUUGAGCAAGAAGAGGCGUAUGAGAUGAAGAUUGGUGAUCAAGUUUUGAGAAGGCCAGGAGAUCCUCCUCUGGAGGAAGUUGUGGAAAAACUCCACAAGGGGAAGGAGAAGAAGAAAGGAGUCUUGAAAGAGGAGUUGUAGCAAGUUGACUGAAAUUUCACUUGACAUUGAUGAUACAACUAAUACUGAGGAUUGAUUGUUUACGCUUUUUAUCACUCACCAUUUUCUCAUGUCGUUAGACUUGUAAACCUGUUCAUCAUGUUCUAACUGUUGUGACUUGUGAGCUGCUCUUUCAGCUUAUUGCUUGAUUCCACUGUCAGAUCUCCAUUCCUUCUGAUGAUGGCUAUAGAAUUUGAA